CUGAGAAACGUCGCGACAUCAUCCAACACGCGUUUGUCGGAUUGCACACAACCGCCAUGCUUGCUUCUUUUCAAUAACUUCAUACCUACGGACUGAUUCAUAACCCAGGCGAGAUGACCGUCUGCAAGUUUUGGCUGCAGGGCAAUUGCCGCUUUGGAAGUACGAAGGCUGCCUUUUUCCCCGAGUCACAGGUUCCUUGACUCGUUUGCGACGCCAAUGGGAAUCUCUGCGUCCGUCUCCUGCCUAUCACUGUCGAGUCUUCGUGCUGGGCCCACAAGGUUUUCGACACGUGUAGGUGCUGACUGCCGAAAUUCCACAUCUUCCAGAUACCUGCAAAUUCGAACAUCCCUCGAAUUCGAGACCAGGGCUGCAAACGGGGAAUCGCUUCGGACCGCUCGCCGGUCAAUCGGGACAAGCAAUGAGUAGUGGUGGCGGCCAACAAGGAGACCCGCCUCCAUACCCCGGCCUGACUGCGGAGGCCAUCCAGCGCGACCUUACAAGCGAGCUACCGAAAUGGAUUCUAUCAUGUUACAGUCCGGCAAAGGAUGCACCCGUGCAGCUCUUCGGCGGCUACCCUCGCGAGCAGAGUUUCGAGGAGAUACGGCUUCACUACAUGCAGGGAGCCAUGGCUGGAAAUCCUCAAGGCGCUCUGAAUGAUAUUCAAGCUCUGUAUCAAAACGCGCAGCAGCAGAUCCAGAACGCCCUUGGAAACAUCCCAGCAGCGAUACAAUUUGUGGUGGAUGGGGCAAAUAAACAUCCCAACCGGAUCGACAUUUGCAAGUCAACAUCAGGGGGUGCGGCUGGGAGUGGGUUUGGAAGCACAGCGAACCCCUUCCAGACACAGCAGGCGCCGUCAAACCCUUUUGGCGCUCCUGCGGCCCCGGCUCCAGCUGCAAGUGCCUUCGGACAACCUGCCGCGUUGGGCCAGAGGCCCAGUCCGUUUGGCGCCCCUGCUUUCGGGCAGGCUGCACAACCAGCGGUGCCGGCUUUCGGACAGCCGGCCGGAUUAGGCGGCGGAUCAGCAUUUGGCAGGCCACCGCAAACAAGCAGUGCUUUUGGCCAGACCGGCACGUUGGGGCCGAAGCCGAGCCCCUUUGGCGCUCCGGCUUCUGGGCAGCCAGCGUUUGGACAGCCAUCAGCCCCUGGCCAGUCUGCGUUCGGGCAACCUGUUCAGUCAGCUUUUGGACAGACACCUCAGCCUGCACAGUCAGCGUUUGGGCAACCGGCCGCCUUGGGCCCGAAGCCGAGCCCCUUUGGAGCCCUCGCGGCGGGGACCACGCAGCCGACGACUAGUCCGUUUGGCCAGCCGACGCAGCCAGCGCAACAGGCUUCUCCAUUUGGCCAGACAGCCAUUACUGCCCCGGCUAGCAAUCCGUUUGGCCAAGCAACACCUGCUACGAAUGCAUUCGGGCAACAACCAGCAGCCGCUCAGGUGAACCCCUUUGGGCAACCGCAACAGCAACCGGUAGCCAAUCCCUUUGGCGCCCCUGCCGCUACCGCGACAACGAAUGUAUUCGGACAACCUUCGAAUGCCUCACCAUUCGGCGCUCCUGCUGCUGCCGCUGCCCCUGGACCUCCCUCGAACCCCUUCGGCCAACCCAGCACUUCUACCCCAGCCUUCGGGGGGAGCGCAGGCACAACAGCUGCUGUCCCAGGGACCGCGAGCCAAGCGUCAGGCGCAGGACCAUAUGGUCCGGAUUCUUCCCGGCGGCACCCGGACCUUUCUGAAUACAGCGCAAAAGAUCCCGAUGGACGUCUCCGCAUGUUCAAGGGCAAGCCCGUCUCCUAUGAGACACCUAAGGGCGCCGCUAAGCCGGUGCCCUUUAUGCGCAAUUUUGAUGGGAGCCUGGUCAAGAUCUGGAUGCCGGGCGGAGCGCCCGACUACACAACCGAGAGUGAGGCCGAGCCGGCAAAGUACGAUGAUCCGCGUGUCAUGCAGCAGUGGAAGGCGUUUGUUGAGACAGGCCGGUUUGCCGACGGUAUCAUGCCGGAGGUUCCGCCCAAAAGGGAAUUCUGCACCUGGGACUUUUAGGCCUCAAUCUGUUUGGCAGAGGGAGGAUGGGGAAAUACCGGUUAUGGGACGAGAGAGGGAAAAUAGACUGAGCGGCAUGGUCUGGCGUUUUGGAGUGUAUCUGCAUCAUUGGUGCAUGGGAAUCACAACUGAAUGGCAGCAUGUCUGUCAAGCUAGACUUGGAAUGUCUUUCUCCCGACCGUCAACUGAUGGUUGCUGUUAAUAGAGUGUCAUAGCCGUGACAGCCUU